AUGAACGCCAACGACACGCUCCACAGCUCCCCCUCGGCGCCCGUCCCGGCUCCGGCCGUCAGCGUCGUCGCCUCCUCGAUCCUCAUCAUCAUCGCCUCCCUCGUCUUUUUCGUCGGCGCAUUCUGCCUCUUUCAGUGGCUCUCCCACCGACGCGAGCCGCCCGCGGUGGUUUCGAAGUCGCUGACAGCGCGUGCGGCGAGGGGGGGAAGCGCGGGUCAGAGACUAGGCGGCCUCGGGAAGUGGAAGGGAUCGUUUGCUUGA